AUGUGCAGCCCCGGAGCAUACGGCAAUGGAACGCCAAUACGAGCGCGCAAAGAUGUGCGAGACACGAAGCCACGCGACUGCCGUGCGCCUCCCUGCCACCUAGCAAGCACCAGAAAGCCAUGGGCCCGCGUCCGGAGGAUUGGGCUGCGCCGCCCCCCAUUGCUCUUACUUACGCGCGUGGACGCAUGCAAGGCCCUCGCAGGGCUGGCCCCUGCGCCUUUCCCCUGCGUCCGCGUCUGCCUCCGGGCUGCUGCCGUAGAGGCUGCCCUGACAUCGGGGGGCCUGCUCGUAAGUUGUAGUAGACUCCCCCCCUCCUCCUUUCUCGCUCUGUGGAGAGAUGGAGCAGCAGUAGCAUCCGCUAGACUGCAGGAUGCGCGGUGA